AUGGUAAGGAAAAUUGCUGGAAAUAGAUGGGCCAGUAUCAGAUUUGGCCAGGAAACAUUUAUGAACAAUGUUACAAGUUAUAAUAUAUUAAUAAUAAAAAAAAUUAUGAUAUCUGGUAAUAUAAACCCAGAAUAUCGAUAUCUAAAUAUUAUUGCCAAAACUUGGAAUGAAGUUUAUUUGGCUGAGAAUCUAUAGACGAAACAAAAAUGCUGUAUAAAGUAAGUGCUGAUUGAUGCAUAAUUGAAAGAGAGAUUUCAAUAAGAGAUUUAGAUCCUACAAAAAAUAAAGGCUUAUCCCCAUCCAAAUAUUAUAUCAUUUGAGGAUAGCUUCUAUUAUGAAAAGGUGACAACAUAGGAUAAAGUAUUGAUUUAUCAAUAAAAUCGAGUCAAUCACUUUCGGCUGUAUUGUCAUGGAAUUGGGUAUUACAAACUUAUAGUAAUACAUCUAAUCCAAAAAGUAAUCAGAUCCAGAGUUUAGAUUCUAGGAGUAUGAAGUAGCAGACUUCUUUGUGACUAUGAUUAGGGCACAUUCACAUCUUUAAGAAAUUAAAAUAGCCCAUAGAGAUAUAAAACCAGAAAAUAUUAUAUUAAUCAAUGAUGAAAACUUAUUGUUUAAAGUUUGUGAUGUAUAACUUAGUAUUUAAACAGGUUGGUUUUGGUACUGAAAUUUUUGAUGAAGAAUCAAGAUCAAGAACUAUUGGAGGAACUGUCGGAUACUAAUCACCUGAAGUUUAUAGAGCAUUUAAAAGAAGAAAACCUUAAGCUAAAUACAAUCCUUAUAAAAGCGAUGUUUUCUCUCUUGGUUUAGUCUUUUUAUUGUUUGCUACUAAUCAAACUAUUACAAAAUAGGUAUACUAACGUUCUUUUAAUUUUAGUAAAGAGAGGAAUUAUUUGAUGAUGAUAUAAAACUCUUUAAUUACUUAAGAGAAUAAAGAAAGAAAGUCAAAGAAUUAUUUCCUAGAAUUAAAGGGGUGUCUAAAAUUUUAAAACUCAUGUUAGAUAUUUCUCCUGAACAAAGAUACGACUUUACUUAAUUAAGUCAAAUUAUUGAAGAGAGAUCUUAUUUAGAAGUCAAAUCUGUAAAUUUUUUGAUUUAAAUAGCCUGCAAAAAUUAAUCAUAAACAUCUCUAAUCAAUUACUAAAUUUGAUGAUUUUUAAUUAGAUAUAAAAAAUAAAGAAGAUGUUCAUUUAGAUUUAAAUGGAAUGCAAAAUAGAUCUUAGGAUGAAUUACUAAAAUUCUUAGAAACUAUUGCUUAACAAAUUAAAAACUUUUAAAUGAUCACUUUAUAAAUAAAAUUAGAGAUGAGUUGUUUAAAUGUGAGAACUGUUGCUCCAAUCGAAAAAAUAUUAAGUCGAGCACAGAAAUUAAAAGAAUUAUAAUUGCAACUAUGGAAGUACAUCAUUUUUUAGAUUGAUUUAUAGUAAUAAAUUAGGAAAUUUGGGAUUGCUCUUUUUAAUUAAAGCAAUAAUGAAAAUGAGCGAUUUAAAAAGACUAACUUUAGAAAUAUCUAAUAAUUUGAUUUCAGAUGAAGGGAUUAAUAAUUCAUUACCUCUUUUAGAAGGAUUAGUUCAAAUGGAAGAGCUAAAAUUGGAUUUCGGAUUGUAUUAGUUCUAAAUUAAUUAAGAAAUCACUUACCAAUGGAUUGUUGUGAGGCAUUUUUUUCAGUUAUAAGUGCGAUGCCUAAAUUAAAAAAGCUUGAUUUAAAUUUAGAAAGUAAUUAUAUGAAUUAAGUACUUUCUAAAUUAUUAAAUUAAUCUUUGAAGAAAUUGCCACUCCUCACUCAUUUAAGUAUAAAUUUUUCUAAGUAUUAUUUCAACUUUAAUAAGUAAUCCGAUGCAUAAUGAAGGAUUUUAUGAUUUGGGAGAGAGUAUAUCAGAAUUAGAGAAUUGUGAAUUAAUUCUUUGGGGUUCUUAAAUAAAAGAUUUAGGAGUUGAGGAGUUUGCAAAAGGAUUAUAAAAAUGUGAAAGAUUAAAACAUUUAAAUUUGACUCUAUGGAACAAUUAAAUUACAAAGAAAGGUUGUGAAUCUUUAGGUUUGGUUUUACCAAAAUUGUAGAGAUUAAGUACUUUAGUAAUUGAUUUAUCAAAAAAUCGUAUAGAGGAUGAAGGAUUAAGAUUCUUGGCAAAAUCUAUUCAUGAGAUGUAAUAACCUUUGAGAGAAUUGAAGUUUUGGGCCGAGAAGUAAAAAAGUUAAUAAUAUAUAAAUAGUGUAUGUUGUACAUCUUUUGGAUUGAGAUAUGUGAAUAGAUUUUUAUCAUCUUAAAAGAAAUUGAGAAACAUCAGUUUGAAUUUUCGAUCUAAUUCUAUAGGAUUAGAUGGAAUGGAAUUACUGUAUAAUGGUUUUGGUUAAGCUACUUAGUUAGAGAUAGUAAAUUUGGUACUUGAUCAGUAAAAGUUUCAUAUAACUUUAGUAAUCCUUUAGGAGAUGAAGGUGUUAAUACAUUAUUUAAGGGUUUAUGUAAACUUAGAGAAUUAUAGAAAUUGUAUCUAAGUCUUGAAAGUGUUCAAGGUACUGGAAAUUCUGUGACAGUAAUGUUGUCAUCUAUAAAAACUUGGACAGAACUUAAAGAGUUGCAUGUCAAUUUUCUAAAGUAAAUUAUUGAUACUAUUUAGAAAUGAUACUGAUUGGGCUGAUGAUAUCAAUUUGAGAAACCGAUUGUUAGAAAUCUAGUCCAAUGCUAAAAUAAUUAUUGAAUUAAAAACUAUAAAUUAAUAGAUUAAGUGA